UUCGUGUCCACUGACCAGAAAAACGGCCCGAGCAACCCGCCGCUGCCCCGCCUCCUCCUGCGGUGCAUGAUGGUCGGUGUACCGGGUGUAUCUGCUGCCGUGGACUCUGUUGUUUUCCUCCCGGUUCCUCCGCUGUUUCUGUGAUGGUGAAGAGGAGAAACAACGGCCGCUGUGUUUCAGACGACAGCUAGCCUCCUGGGAGGCGAGUCCCAAUGCCAUGGCCUCCAGCCACAGCUCCUCCCCAGUGCCUCGUCCCAGUGGUGGAGGCCGAGGUGGGAUCUACCACAAGGAGCGGGAACCCUCCUCCCCUCGCUGCCGGCCUGUUCGCUCCCUGCCUGACGUCUGCCCCAAGGAGCCCACCGGUGAGGGGCGGGGCCUGUGCGACGGGCCGUCGGUGGUGGCGGAGCACGACAGGUGGACGGUGUACAGCUCGAAGGUCAACCUCCCCGCCGCGUUAAACGACCCGCGCCUCGCCAAGCGGGAGUCUGACUUUUUUACCAAAACAUGGGGCCUGGACUUCGCAGAGACGGAGGUGAUGCCCUCGUUCUACCUCCCCAACAUCACCAGGGAACACUUCGGGCCCUACCUGCAGGAGACAGCUCAGAGGGAAAGAAUUCACGAACGCUGCAAGACGAUCUGUCCCAACAAAGACGACGUGGACGCCGUCUCCAGUAUCACCACCAACCACGAUAAAUCCAGAGCUGAGCUGGAACAAGUCCCGAAGAUCUUCAUGAAGCCUGAGUUCGCUCUGGAGGAUCCGGCCACCUUCAACGCCGUGCUGCCCUGGUCGCACUUCAACAGCGCUGGAGGGAAGAGCAGCAGAGAUGUGGCUUCCUCCAAACUGCUGCAGGAGAAGCUGAGUCACUACCUGGACGUGGUGGAGGUCAGCAUCGCCCGGCAGAUCUCGCUGCGCUCCGAGGCGUUUUUUCACGCCAUGUCGUCCCAGCACGAGCUGCAGGACCGUCUGCAGGAGACGCAGCGGGCCGUGGCCGUCCUGCGGGGCCGGACCGCCGCCAUAGACCGGGUCAUGUGUCAGGGGCCUUUACGGGCCCUCCGCACCGCCCUGACGCGCAACAACUGCGUGAAGCUGCACAACAAGCUGAAGCUGAUGGCGGCGGUGCACCAGACGCAGCCCACCGUGCAGCUGCUGCUCUCCACCUCCGAGUUCGUCGGAGCGCUGGAGCUCAUCGCCACCACCAAGGAGGUGCUGCAGCAGGAGCUGCAGGGGAUCCACAGCUUCAGACAUCUGGGCUCCCAGCUGUGCGAGCUGGAGAAGCUGAUCGAUAAGAUGAUGGUGGAGGACUUCAGCAUGUACGCGCGGAGCGACCUGAACCGCAGCCUGAAGGACGAGCCGCAGGUCCUGGAGAAGGAGCGUCUGGCGUCGCUGGUGUUCGGUCUGCUGCGGCAGAGGAAGCUGGACUUUCUGGAUAUUUACAGCGAUGAGAUGAUCAUGGCUGCCAAGGCCAUCGUCGCUCAGUGUGUUGCAGAAAGUGUUUUGCACAUAGAAGAAAUAGACACUGAAGUCGUCACUAAGCUAGCUGACCAGAUGCGUCUGAUGACCUUCCCUCAGUGGUUUGAGCUGCUGAAGAGCGUCUUUGACAGUUUCCUUCUCUUCCUGCAGAGGAUCAAGGCCACUCUAAACGUGAUCAGGAACGUGGUUCUGGAGGUUCUGGACUCGUACCAGAAGAACCGGCUCCUGGAGGAGGCCAGUUCAGAGCCUGCGGGUCAGGAGUCCUCCAACGUCCAGCAGCUGCUGCAGGGGGAGGCCGAGCUGGCCUACCUCACCCACGAGGGUCUGUUCAUCAGCGACGCUCUGAGCGAAGCCCAGCAGCAGCAGCAGGCGGCGGUCCAGGAUCAGAACUCUGUGACGGGCUCCAGGAUCCAACAGGGCCGGGCGGAACCGGACUCUGGGACCAGAGAGUCUGCCAGCAGGGAGCAGAGCUUCAUGUCCGGUGAGAACAUGAUGCCGUCUGAGCUGGAACUGAACCGGGUCCUCAACAACAUCCAGGAGCUGCUGUACACGGCGUCCGACGUCAGCCACGACCGCUGCGUCAAAGUGCUCACAGCUAGAGCCAAGGACGGCUCUCUGGAGCGUCUGAGCUCGGCGGAGUUCGUGUGUCUCUCGCAGGCGGUGGACGGUUUCAUCAAGGACACGGAGGAGCUGUGCGGCAGACGCAGCGUCUCCCUGAGGGGGGCGCUGCAGAGCCAGGCCAACCGCUUCGUCCACCGCUUCCACGAAGAACGCAAAACCAAGCUCAGUCUUCUCCUGGAUAACGAGCGCUGGAAGCAGGCGGAGGUUCCUGCUGAGUUUCAGGAUCUGGUGAACUCCAUCGCUGACGGCAGAAUCACGCUACCAGAGCGCAAAACGCCAGGUCCAGACGACAGGAAGCCGACUGACUUUCUGCUGGUUAACGGGCAGAAAUACGCCGUCGUCGGCACGGUUCUGCUGCUGAUCCGGAUCUUUCUGGAAUACUGUCAGUGUGUCACCGACAUCCCAUCCAUCGCCACCGACAUGCUGACACGUCUGUCGGACCUCCUCAAGCACUUCAACUCUCGGAGCUGCCAGCUGGUUCUGGGAGCCGGAGCUCUGCAGGUCGUCGGCCUCAAGACCAUCACCACCAAAAACCUGGCAUUAGCGUCCCGCUGCCUGCAGCUGGUCGUUCUCUACAUUCCCGUCAUCAGAGCUCAUUUUGAGACCAAACUGCAGCCCAAACAGUUCAGCGUCCUCAGACACUUCGACCACAUCACCAAGGACUACAAUGAUCACAUAGCAGAGAUCUCAGCUAAACUGGUGGCCAUCAUGGACAGUCUGUUUGAGAAGGUUUUAUCAAAGUAUGAGGUGAAAGCUCCGAUGCCUUCGGCCUGCUUCAGAAACGUCUGUAAGCAGAUGGCGAAGAUGCACGAAGCCAUCAACGAACUUUUACCUGAAGAACAGACGCUGAUGUUAUUUCUGAGGAUCAACGCCAGUUUUAAAAUGCACCUGAAAAGGCAGCUGGCUCGACUCGGGGUGGUCAACGACGGAGGACCGCAGCACGGGUUGGUGGUGGUGGACGUGGCGUUCUACACGGAGAACAUCCAGGCGCUGAAGAGCCUCGAGCGGCUCGACCUCAACAUGGCCGAGAUCUGGGAGCAGAAGAGGUGAUGGAGGACGGUGUCGGGACGUCCAGGACCGACCGAACGACCGACCCGGCGACGGGUGGCCGAACUCGGGGCCCGGCGGCGGCGGCGGCGGGGGCCGGCUGAGGGUGGAGGAGGCCCGGAGGGACCAAUAAAAAAAACAAAAAAAACCCAACAAAACCUACAAGAGGGAAGAAGAGCAGCGACAUGCUGGGGGGGGCUUCCUGAACAGCUCCACCUUAAAAGACAAGUAACACACAGAGCCUCCUUAAAAACUGCCGCCACCUCGUCUCACUGUGUGCAAUUCAACAGGAACACUAGUAAAUUAUUAGACAGUUUUAGAGGGAGCUGCAGGGUGUAGAUAAUGUUUAAGAAAUGGUGGGGUAAUUUAUUUUUCUGUCGUCUUGGAAGCAUUCUAUACUGUGGCGGACUUUUUCUCCGGCCGGCAGCCACGAUGGAGCCGAAGGGACGAGAUUUUUUUUAUCAUCAACGCACACGGCAGCCGACUUUUUCUGUCUCUGAUUUCGUGGAUGUGAGCGACAAAGCUGUGGAAGAUUCAGGGUCGAAGCUUCUUCGCUCUGAAAGAAUCAACCCCGAAGUUCCUUCUUGGUGUUUUCCGAACUUUUCCCCCCCGAAACCUCGUUGAUCAGCAGGUUUCGGUUGCGUCCGCUGUGGUGAAGGUUAACGUACUAAAAACGUCACAAGGGAUUCUUAAAUUUUUUUAUACUCGAGACAAGAUUAUUUUCCCAGACUUCCUGGGAAUCCAGACUGUUUGAGACCUUACUGGAAACGUGUAAUUGAAGAGUUAAUUUCCUGAACAUUUUUAAAUAUCCAGACUGUGAAAGCGUCACAACUCUCAGCUACAUCGUCGUUACCAAAGUGAAACACUUUCUAAUGCGAGGAAUUAAACUCUUCAAUCGCACCUUUUUUGUUGUUUUUCUUAAACAGUCCAAUCAUGCAUCCGGUUUUCUUCUGUCGUCAUGGUGAUCCAGUGGCGAAGGAGAAGUAGAUUUUUUUUUUUUUUUAUAUAUAUAUAUAUAAAUGUAGUUAUUUGAUGAGUGCAGGACAUGAAGCAUGAAGCUGUUAACUGGACCUUUAUCCCCCUUCUUCUUGUUUUUAAUUUAAUCUGCAUGAACAGAAGCUUUUUGUUUCCUCAGAGGCUGAAACGACAGAACGGAACAGAAAAUCAGAUUUAUUUUUUAAUUUCUUAAUUGGAUCUUCUUGCCUUUUUUUUUUUUUUUUUUUUUUUUAAAUGAGGGCUGCAGAAAGUGAAAUUUUUACUUGGAUUCAGACUCUUCUGGUUUGUUCAAAGUAAAAAUCCUCCUUCAGACAGGAAGUGAUAAAACUCACAUAAAGCAGACGAGCUCAGACGUGAGGCAGAAGUCGUCGCUCCUUAACAGCUACUAAAGUCCAUUUGUUUGUGUUCAGGCAGUUAUUGGGUCUCAGCUGAUUUACAUCACAUGACUAAACUAAACCAACCAAGGUGCUGUUGCUUUAAACGUUCAGAUGUCAAUCACGUUCUGCUAAUUCCUUUCAAAUCAAUCAGCGUAAAAAACACAAUAAGCAUAUUUAAACAUGCUUAUUUAAACAAAAGUUAUAAUUGUCUCAAGUAUUAUUGGACUGUUUUUUGGGGCCGCAACUAAUGAUUAUUAUAUAAAGCUCUUAAAAAGCCUCCGUACACUACCUGCUCAGCACCAAACAACAGACACAGUUAGCUGUAGACUAGCUGGUGAACAGAGUGGAGCAUUUA